UUGUUCCUUGACCAGUUUUACAUUAUUUUAUUCACUUUGAAUGUUAUCUUUGAUAUAUGUUGUUGCCCAUGCUCAGCCUAAAGCUGUUUUUCUUACUGUUAUGAUAAUUGACAGUGCCUUUUUGUGUGUAUAUUUUUGAUAACGAUACACAUAAAUAAAUACAUAAAAAAAAAAAAAAAAAGUCUCAGCAUGGACCAUGUGCCAGAGUAACCUUUUAUUUUGAAGUCUUGAUUUCCGGUGUUCAGGUCUCUGUGGGUCUUGUUGGCCUCUUUCUGAUGUAACGUUAUUUCCACCACUUGGAGUGCUGUUAGAUAUCAUAAUCUGGAGUUGCUGCACUUUGGUUACUCUAACAGAAGCAUGUUUUCAGCUCCGGAUCACCUUGUUUGUAGCUCCUCGGCUACUUAGUUAGCUCCGUUUAGUGUAGCCGCUGAUGAGAGCAACCCGGCGACUGCAGCCCGACCACGGAGGAAUGCCUAGGAAGAAGAAGAACGGCCAGAGCCCGGCCAGAGUGCCCGGCGGCCCGCCAGAGCAGGGGGGAAACCUCGGCCACGACGCGGCGUACCGACUACCUAUGGCGAACAACUUUCAGUCCAACACCUCGCUGCCCAGCUCCAUCAAGGAGAACAUCAUCAAAAGCAUGCAGGAGAUGUUCUCCCACCUGGACCCUGAAGUGAUCUACAUCGUCCUGUCCGAGGCGGACUUUAAAGUUGAACAUGCAAUGGACUCUCUCUUGGAGCUGUCUGAUGCUGCUGAAGAUGCAGCCCCUACACCUUCUUAUGUCUCUGGCUUUGAGCGGACUGCCGCAGCCCUGCUCAGCCCAUGCCACUUCUCUGAACCUAGACCAGACCCAGACUCCUCCAAACCACCACAGCUGCCCUCCUCUCCUCCCUCCACCAACCUUCUGACAGAAGAGCUGGACCUGCUAGUUGACCAGGAGCUAGAGACACUGACUGCACAACAAGGCGUUAAGGAAGAGCAGCACAACAGCCAGUAUUUAUCUAUUGGUACGUCCCUUUCCUCUUUCCCUCCACCACCAUUCCCAAAACAUGUCCUCCCUGAGCUGCUCCAGUCCAGCCUGAAGCCUGGAUCUAGAGGGUCCUCUAGAGGUGGCCUGGUGGAGCACAUGUCUGGAGCUUCCUCUCCACUUGACCAUCUCAGCAUUUGGGAAGACAAGAUCGUCCAAGAGCAGCAGUCGGUGGUGGAUUUCACACAUCUGAUGACAGAGACGCCUGCAGACAAGCCGACACCUCCUUUGGACCUGGCGACUUCAGGGCGUCCCUCCGCUUUCCAGGUGUAUAAAAAGCAGGACCCAUCCCACACUCUCUCAGACAAGGCUGGGGUCAUGCCCUCUAAAGCGAUAGUCGGAGGAGCAAGAUCUAAGGUGAACAUGUUGAAUCAGGAGCCGCUUGGCUACAUGUCACCCUGGAACCUGCAGGCACCAGUGUUUUCUCCCCGUCUCCCUGGAAACCAGGGGCCAUCCUUCAUCGUCCCUGUGGCUCAAGCGCCUCCCAGCUGGCCCGGCCAUCCCAGGCACGCCUCUCCCUGGCUGAGUCCGGGCCCUGUCUGUUCUGCUACUGUUCCAAAGUCCUGGUCCCAUCCUGCUGCUCCUCAUCCUCCUGCCAGGUACAACAGGCUUCGUUUGGAAGGGAAGGUCCUUGUGCUGCUACGUGGUGCUCCAGGAUCUGGCAAGUCAACUUUGGCAAGAGCCUUGUUGGAGUAUAACCCAGGUGGAGUCAUACUGAGCACUGAUGAUUAUUUCACUCGCAAUGGAGUCUAUCGGUUUGACCCCAAUGCUCUGGGGGAGGCCCACGAGUGGAACCAUAAACAAGCCAAGGAGGCUUUUGAAAGGGGUGCUAACCCCAUCAUCAUUGACAAUACCAACAUGCAUGGCUGGGAGAUGAAACCCUACGUGGCUCAGGCACAGAAACGUGGAUAUAAGGUGCUGUUCAGAGAGCCGGACACUUGGUGGAAGAACAAGCCCAGAGAGCUGCAGAGUCGUACCACACACAAUGUGCCGGUGGAAAAAAUCCGACGCAUGCUUGAUAAUUAUGAGCGCUACGUGACACUCCAGUCCAUCAUGGGUUCACAGAUGCCGGAGAUGCAACCGCGCCUCCCUCCGGAGAACAGAAGCCUUCGGCCGGUGUCUUCUGAAACACCUUGUCCUGACCUUGUAGGGCAGCCUGGGUCGACUGAGGGAUGUGAGAGAUCCCGUCCUCAGCUGUAUUCCUCCCUCCCUGACGUGUCAUCUAUGGGCCGUUCUAGUGAGGCGGGAAUGCUUGAAGACGGCACCCACAAAUCUACGGAGUCCCUCAAUUUCCAACCUGCUGGAACACUACCGGAAAAUCCUGAAAUGUCCGAUGGGGACAAUGACAUGGAUUUGGGGGAAUUAGAUUCUGAGUUGGACGCCCAGUUGGAGCUGAGUCGUCCAAUAGGAGAUCAGAGAAUCCCCGACUGUAUUGUGGAGUCAGUGAUGAGCGAAGAUCAUCGUGGGGAUGAAAUGCCUGUGGCUUUCUCUGAGUCUAUUGCACAGAGAGUGAGGGGGGAGAGGCCAAGCAGGAGGUCUGUUUUUGACAGGUUGAAGCCUGCAGAUCUGGUGAAAGAUACUAACCAAUCAGACAGCAAGGCAAAGGAAGCAGAAGGGGUUGAUGGGGGAGAGAAAGGAAAGAUGUUGGAUUUUGUAGGAGAUUGGCCUUGUGAUGAAGGGUCCCUCGAGCAGCGACAGGUGAGGAGACGAGAAAGGCAAGAAGAUGAAGUUGUGUCUCAAGAAGCAAACCAAAAUAAAGGGCAGCUGGGAGCCAACGUGACAGAGUUACAGAAACUUCUUGAUCUCAUUCAGACGGGAGUAGGCGACAUUCAGACCGGCUGUUCCCGUUCGUCCUCCCUUACUCCGAGCUCUGGAGAGGAACUGGAGAAACAAGAGGAGGCAGGUGGCAGGUUUGAGGUAUCCCAUGGCAGUCGAUCUAACAGUGAGGAGAGGGAACAAAACGUGAACCGAGUUAACAGCAGAGGUGAAUUACCUGACUGUGUGUUAGACUGGAAGGCAGCUGACUCUUGUAAGGUCAGGGAAUUGAGAACCGAUAAUUGGGAGGGACCUAAAACGGACUUAAAAGGGAACUGUAAUGUGUUAGGGAUCGGCAGAGAAACGGGGUCUGUGGAUUUGAAAUCAACCAACCUAACAAAUCCCUUCUCAGCUCUUACUGCUGAUUCACUUGUUAUCUCCAAAAUUAUGGCAGCAAAUGUAUGCCAUGAUGGAGUGGGAAGCCACAAUAUUGAAGGAGAGGUCGGUACGGAGCCUGCUGCUGGCAGAGAGGCUAGAGUUGAGGCAGAUGGGAGUCAUAUUGGUGAGGUGUGUCAGAGUCCUGUGUGUGAGGGCUCUGUGGAAGCAGAAAGCGGUGCUCUCAGUGGAGGCAGUCAGGAGAGAAAGCAGCAGCGUCGUAGAUCGGGGAAACAGUGCAAACUAGCCCUCACAUUUACUCAAAACUGCCCUGCUGCUUCUCCAGUGAAUACUCUUGAAUGUCCCAAUAGCACAGCCCAAAGCAUAAACAGCAUCCAGAAUAGCAUUAACACAGAUGUUGAACCUGACUUUGAUCCAAACUGUAACACCAGCCUUAAAUCAAACCUGUUCACCGAGUCCAAAUCUGAGGCACACCUGCAGCCUCCCUCCCCACUUCCUCUGGUAGUCACAGGCAGCCCCACCCAGACAGAUCCUCAACACUUUGCCCUUCUUUGGCGUCUCAAUCGGCAAGUCCGCCCCGGUGACGCAGUCGCCACUGCGUUCAGCCACCCUAGUGACAUCACGGUCCUGUCUGGAGACUCUUCCCACUUUGUGCCGGAGCUGUCCUCUGCCAUGUCUGCAGCGGUUGCGGUUCACCCGUCCGGCCACAGAGAGGUGCCCUACCACGUGGCGCACGAGAAAGGCACGCAGGUGGAGGAGAAAGAGCUCGGGGCGGCUCAAGGCCGGCUUGAGAGCCUGCGCAUCCUCAGCCGCCAUUUUAAACUGGUUAGUUUUGAUACAUUAGAGGAUCUGUACGACAAAUGCCAUCAGGACCUAGAAUGGACCACCAACCUGCUGCUGGACUCUGAGGAGAGGUUCUUCAGAGAUGACGAUGAGGGUGAGAAAGAGGAGCAGGAAGAGGAUGGUGCUGGGGGUGAAGAUGAGCAGAACACAUCCAGUCCGUGUGGAGCUUUAGGCAACCCUGUAGGAACCAGGUUAUGUCCUGAUGUGUUAGAUGAGCAUCACCCUGAAGGUUGGCCAGACGGAGAGCCAACUGUGACUCAGCAGUCAACCUUUGUGACAGUUAGUGAAUCAGAUGGAGGUGCAGCUGCUCCUGUUAGAAACAAAGAUACAACUUCACAUUUAAAAACACCUCCUCAAGCAGAAUCUCCUCACGCAUUAAACGAAGGAGAGAGAUGUGGCGACGUUGAGCACAAAGUGACAUCCGAAGCUGACCUAGAAAGUGCCGCUUGGGGUGGAAGCUUAGACGACGGAGUCAUAAUAGAAGAGUCAAGAGUUAUGAUGGAGGAGGAGAUGGCUAGCAUGGACGAGGUCCACCGGCUGCUGCAGGCUGAGCUGGAGGACAUGGAGAGAGAGCAAAAACAGAAGAAGGAGGAGGAGAAGAGGACUGAAAGGAGGCACAUGGAGGAGAGAAGGAGCAGUCACCUGGACAUUCAGAGUGUGGAGCUGAAGCUACCCACCGAACUGGCACUGCAGCUAACUGAACUGUUUGGUCCUGUCGGAGUAGACCCAGAUACAUGCUCCACUGAUGAAUUUGCAGUGCAGAUGGACCUGAACCUGGCUAAACUGCUCUAUCAGAAGUGGAAGGAAACCAUUCAGGAAAAGCAGAGACAAGCAGCUCUUUCCUUUCACUUGCUUCAGGAAAGUUCAGUUCACUGGGGUGAGCGACAGGCGUCCAGAUCUGGAUCACGAGACCGGACACAACCACCACAUUUCUUGAUAAGUGCAGAUGGAUACGCGUCCCUGGACAGCCAACCAGAGGCCCGUGGUCAGAUGCCAGUCAUGGACCACUGGAAUGUGUCCCGCCCACAUGUGUCUCUUAGAGAUAUUAUUAAAGAGGAGCAGGCUUUACAGGAGAACGUGGAAAAGACCAGACAAAAUCGUGCAGACCUCGACCGGCGUGACGGAGCCGCCCUGUUGAAAGAGAACCAACUGUACUCCCUCUUCCCCACCAUCGACAGGCAUUUCCUCCAGGACAUCUUCAGAGACCACAAUUAUAGCCUGACAAAGACAGAGCUGUUUCUACGCUCUCUGCUGGAGGAGGAGCCCGUCAAGACGGUGGUUGCCCCAGAGGCUCCUCGGUCCGACCACCUCAGAGCGGCCAGCAAGGAGAGGGAGAAGAGGCAGAAGCCCGUGGAGUCAAUCAUACCCAACUAUCAGGAUACGGAGGACCCGGAGUACGAGGACUUCAGGACCGAGGCCACACAACAGAGGAGCCUCCAGCUCGAGUGUUUCUCCAAGGCUGCUGAGGCCCACAAGCAAGGACGCAAAGAAGUGGCCUCAUUUUACGCACAGCAGGGACACCUGCAUGGCCAGCGAAUGCGUGAGGCCAAUCACCGUGCAGCAGUUCAGAUUUUUGAGAGGGUCAACGCAUCACUUCUGCCGAACAACGUCCUGGACCUCCAUGGGCUGCAUGUAACAGAGGCCCUGGAGCAUCUGGGCCAGGUUUUACAGGACAAAACCACAGACUGUGAGCAGGGUCUCUGUCGACCUCAGCUCACUGUCAUCACAGGAAGAGGGAACCACAGCCAGGGGGGCGUGGCCCGCAUCCGCCCCGCCGUUAUAGACUACCUCACCAACAAACACUACAGGUUCACUGAGCCACAGCCGGGUCUCGUGUAUGUCUCUUUGAAGUGAGAAGAACCGGGUUUAUUGGAUUCAAGCUAAAGCUGCUAUGGAGGACAACACACACACACACACUCUCUACUCUCUACUUCUACAACGCCACAUACAGAGUUACUACAGUAUAUACAGGAUGGUACAUCCCCUCGUUUCCUACUUCUGUCAGUUAGUGUUGACUUUUUCCCCCAAUCACCGUCUCUCUCCUUUUCUCCAUCAGUUAUAUAGCUACCAGAAAUUUAAAUUAAUCUUAAUCUUGGUUAAACUGAGGUUAAUUUAGUUAAAAUCCUAAUAUUAAUUUAGAUCUUAAUAAGAAUAUUUUUCUUUGUUUUUAUGAAAGAAAACUGCAGAGGCGUGAAACACAAAAAAAUUAUUUUUAUGCAGCUGUGAAGCUAGAAUGUAUGUACAUUUUAAAUGUAAUAAUGUUUUUUAUAGUGUGGCGUAUUUUGCUUUACAUUUAUCUUUAUGCCUUUAAAAGAGUAUGAAAAAUCCCUGUGUUUUAAAGGCUUAAUGUUGAAAUAAGGUGUUAUUUAAUCUCUUACAUUUACUAAUCUGGAGUCAAGUUUGAGACACACUGAGGAUUUAAUGAAACUUUAAUUGAAUCAUUGUUGCAUGCUGACUGCUUCGAGGUUGCUCUCUAGGAAUUUAAGUGAUAUGGCAUCCUUUUUUGAGAUGCUAUUGAAGCAUUUUAUUUGAUGCCAAUUCUAGAUUUAAUGCAUGCCAGAAGUUAUCACAAAACCAAAUGCUGAGUAGUAAGAGAGUUUUCUCUCUUGGUUGUAGUGUUGCAAUGCGUUGUGCUCACCAGGAGGUGAAACUAAAAAUGAAUAGGUUGAACAACCUCAUUAAAUAGUUUGAACAUCCUCCUCUGUGAUCUGCAGCAAUCGGUCUCCUUUGUCUUAGCAGCAACGUACUGCAACUGUUCAUUUACUUAAGGCCAAGCUUAGCUGUUAAUAUAUCGCUAUUCAAACCCAGGUUAAGUUCCAGUCUUAGGUUUUCUCUUUCGAGGCCAGUCAGUUGUUUCCGGCCUGUUCCUGGUAGCCUUUUAAACCCAUGAUGCCAAAUGUUGUAGCAGUUGUAUUCCUCAGGUUGCUACACUAUUUUUGUAGGUUCGAAAUAGCUUCUGUUUUUCUAUGUGUGAUAUUUUUCCUAAAGGUGCAACAACAGUGUUGACCAAUUUUACGGAUUGUACAUAAUGUUGUGAACACAUGAAUUAUAAAGAGAAAAUUGUAUUUUUUUAUUCAUUUGUUCAAUUGUUUUACAGAGAAUAUUGUAUUGUGGAAUAAACUCCUAUUUGUUUACAGUUUAA